CGCUCCUCGCUUCUGCCGACGUGGCCGGGAGGGGAGUUCAGGGCGCGCCGGCAGGCAGCAGCUCGGCGGUGCAACUUAGCAAUUUUCUCCAAGAAGACAGUUGGCCAACCUCACCUUGGGGAGAAGAUGAAGUGCUACCAGUUGGGUAGUGUUGGCUACCAGUGCCAACACUGAGAAGUGAGAAGAAUUACUACUGACCCAAAAAAUGUCAGAUAGCACAGGUGAGACAUUAACCCCAGAGAAAAAUGAAGGGAUAUUGCCAUCUGAGCAGAACAUCUCAACAUCCAACACAGCGGUGCAGGAUGAAAAGACAACCGAGGUAUCGCCGCAAAUUGGUAAAAAGGAAGCUUCUGAAAGCGCCAACAAGGACUUAGAAGAGCAACAGGCGUUAAAUAUGGAAGGUCCUUCAAAUGAGCUAUGGUCCAGUGAAGAAACGGCUAAGAAGGAUGUGACCGAAUGCAGUGACUCUAUAAGCCUCGAACCAGAAGUUGGAGCCGAAGGGCUGAACGAAGAAAGGGAUUUGGAUUCAGUAUCCAAAGGAAAAAGUUGGACCACCUGGGGCUCCUGGAGCAAGUCCCUACUUUCAACUGCAUCGGCUACUGUUGGUCAAGGAUUAACGGCAGUUAAAGAAAAAGCCGGCAUUCUUCGAACUCGUGCACCUUCCUCGGCAUCUUUGGAUGGGGGACCUCCGGAGACAUCUGAAAACAUCAUCACAGAUGUGGAAGAUGAUCGACAGCAGGGUUUGGAAGAGGACGUGGCCUUAUCCUCAUCUCCUUCAGGAUCGCGGGGAGUGCUGUCAACCAUCACUAGUGCUGUGCAGAAUACCGGUAAAAGUGUCUUAAGUGGCGGACUUGAUGCUUUGGAGUUUAUCGGCAAGAAAACCAUGAAUGUUCUAGCUGAAAGUGAUCCCGGAUUCAAGAAAACCAAAAUUCUGAUGGAACGGACGGUGUCUUUAUCUCAGCUGCUGCGGGAAGCCAAAGAGAAAGAAAAGCAGAGACUUGCCCAUCAAGCCACGAUGGAGCCGACAGCACAUUACGGAGUGCUCUUCGACGAAUUUCAGGGUUUGUCACAUCUAGAAGCUUUGGAAAUUCUGUCCAAUGAAAGUGAAGUCAAGGUACAAUCGUAUUUGGCAUCUCUUGAAGGAGAGGAACUAGAAGCCGCAAAAAAUGUGUUGAUUUCUAUUAAGGCAGUCUUCCUUUCGCAAGACUCAGAAAACCAGGACAAAGAAAUUAAAAAAGAAGCAAGAGAUGAAUUUAUCACAACGCUAACAGAAUUGCUGUUUGAACUACACGUCGCUGCUACGCCUGAUAAACUUAACAAGGCCAGAAAGAAGGCUUACGUCGCCUUAGAAGCAGCAAAUCUCUCCACAUCUGGAGACCUGGAAGAGAACCCACCAGGCCAAACUAAAGAAGCGGUUGAUGAAAUUGUAGAAAUGCAAGUAACCGAAGAAAAAUCUCAGGUGGGAGAACCUGAAAAGACAGAAACAAAAAGAACCAAAACUGUAGAGGAAUUUUACAUGUUGUCCAUCGAAAGCCUGGCCGAAGUAACAGCCCGUUGCAUUGAACAACUUCAUAAAUUAGCAGAAUUAAUUCUCCAUGGACAAGAAGUUGAAAAGCCAACCUUGGACCAAGCGCGAGGCCUAACAAACUUAACAAAUAUGAUGUGCAAUGAAGUGUCAUCCCUCUCAAAACAAUUUUCCAAUGUUUUGACUUUGGUUGCGAGUGACAAGAAAGCUGAAAUUCUGAAUCCAAUGGUCAAUAGUGUGCUAUCCGAGGGCUGUAACAGCACUGUGUAUAUUCAAGACGCUUUCCAGUUGCUUCUUCCGGUUCUUCAGAUCUCACAUAUCCAAAUCCAUUGCUUGAAAACACAACAGGGAUUUCCUCUAAACUAGCCAUCAAUUUAAUUUCUGAUGGGUACCAUUAAUUAAUAUCCAAAUGCCGUAUAAGCCAUUCUGGAGUCUUUUGAAGGACACUAAAUGCAGGAUUUUCAUGGAAAGUAUCAAACAAACAUUUUCGACCCACAGGAACUAUUUUAAGUGUGUUCAAAUCAGUGAAGUGGAAAGCAACUUCAUGUUUCUUGUAGUAAUUUAAGGCGUAUUCUGGUUUUAUUGGUGCAAAUUCACCUUGGAUAUAUUGCUAAAUAUUUUAGAUUUUGUUUUGAAAAAAAAAAGUUGCCCUUUUUUUUUGUCCCCCUUAUGCUUAAAGACUUUAUCGAGUUAAAUUGAGACAGUCAGAAAGACAAGACAUUGAUUUUGCUGUGAUCCUAAUAUUAAAUGUAAACAUUCAGGGGAGAGCACCAAAAGUAUCAUAGAGGAAUGGAUCUUAUUUCUAAUGUUGCUUUUAACAUUAGGCCUUAUUCUUGACACUAAGUCCAUUUUCCAUUUGUGGUCCUUCAAUCCUCCCACCUGCAGAAAUGUUUACUUGUCUUAGCAAUAUUAUUAAUUAUUGCAAGAUAGUUUUUGCAGGCUUACAUCAUAAAG